GUGUGUGCGCGAGUCUGCACAGCAAACAUGAGAACAUUUUUUUUUUUUUUGCAGCUGCUGCUGCUGCAGUUCACAAGAAAGCUGAAGACUCGAUGCCUUUUGCUCCCUGCGCUUUGAAGUGUUGUUCUUUGCUGACCAUGGAAGUCUGACCAUGGAAGUUACCCAUCAGGAAGUCCACAUGGAGACUUGCUCACUGUUGAUGGCCGUCACAGAUGCUGACCAGAUCAUGAGACAUUGUUUGUUGGGGAGGGGGAGUAGGUCUUACACAAUACUCAGCCCCCUCACCUAAUUGCCUCAUCACCGCUGCUUAUUUAGACCCUUCCGCUGUAGCCUCUCAAGAGGCGUAGGAAGUUUGUUUCGACGGUAUCUGUCCGUCUAGCCGAGGAAUACCCUUCCAUCAUCGCCCUCCCCUCCCCCGCUCGCCAUCCACCACCACUCUCCUCCCUCCUCCUGCGCUCGGGGGAAGCCUCUGUGGGCCUGGUAGGGGAGGUAAGCCUGUGCGCGCAGCGGGAGAGAACUCGCUCAUCAUCAUCACGCAGUCACAAGCACAUCGGCUGCGGUCCCGCUGCCUCACGCUCUCUCCUUCCCUCUCGACGGGGGCUCCCUCCUCGUGCUCCGCAGGCCUGUCUCCCACCCCAAGGUGUGUCAGGGUAGGAAGCGACGAGCAUCAUCGACAUCGCUUUUCUCGACACGCGUGGUUGGACCACAAGGGAGGAGAGAGAGAGAAAGAGAGAAAGAAAAUCAAGAAACUUGCAGUAGGAGUCGCUUCAGUCGGACGUGUGUCACUGAGUCUGGUGCCAGAGAGCAGCAGUUAGCCCUCGUCAGUGCUUCCAGGAUUUCUGGCAAUCGACGGAUGGAGUAAUGUUACUUCCCACGGUUCGCCACCUCCCGUCUGGCUGUCGAUCUGAAAGGCCUUCACUGGAUCUGUAACUUCUGGUCUGUUGGCGCACAGUUGGUGCUGGCGGUCUGAAUGUGGUGGCCACGGGGCGCGAAACCUCGCAUGGAUUGUCGUAGUUGUUGUUGUUAUUGUUGGUGUUCUUGCUUGUCACUCACGCAGAGUUGGAGUUUCUAGACACCAGUAGCCGGCGCUGCCUCCACCACUGCUGCUGCUGCUGUUGUUGUCUGUGCUAGCUGCUGGUGGUGUCGUCAUGGAUGGACUAGAGAGAGCUGGCGGUGUUCGAGGACAGCCGCAGUCGACGACGUCAUGCAGCUACGGCAUGGGACGCUUCCUGCCGAGGGCCACCCCCUUCGCCGACUGCAUGCAGGGAGGGGGAGCGGGCGGGUACCCGUCCUACGCCAGUGACUGGGGGCUGAUGCAGGGGAUGUACUCGCAUCACCUCGGCGUUGACCGCUCGCUCAACGGCUUCCGGACCUCAGCCAGCCACUACUUCCCCGUCACACCCUCCCCCAAGGAUCUGGCCUCGCCCUAUCCUCCUCAACCCCCUCCACCGCGGACUGGGGGGUACGAUUCGAUGACAAACGGGACUUACCUGUGUGCAUCUUCACCUUCUCCCUCCUCCACGUGUCUGUCGCCAGAACUCGACAAAAAAGAAAACAAACCCAAAGAUGUCCCUGACCCCUACAAGCUGGACCUGAGCGCCAAGCCCCGCAAGGAGCGGACGGCCUUCACCAAGCAUCAGAUCACGGAGCUGGAGAAGGAGUUCGCGCUGCACAACUACCUGACACGACUGCGGCGCUACGAGCUGGCCGUGGCCCUCGACCUCACCGAGCGACAGGUAAAGGUGUGGUUCCAGAACCGGCGGAUGAAGUGGAAGCGGGUCAAGGGCACUAAGCUGGUCAAGGACAAGGUGGACGGGCAGUUGAAGCCCAUCAUGGCCGACAACGUCACCUCCACCAACCCCUCCCUCCCAGACAUCGUCGACUCGGAAUCCCAGGAUGCCUGCUGCUGACACGUGACCACCCGCGAACCCUCGAACACCUUCUUCCUCUCUACGUCACAGGUCACAUGAUCAUGUGGGAGAUUUUGCUCAAUAAGCAGCUCUGACCGGGGACAGCUAAGACUUCCAGAAUGCCAACGGUUUUUCUAGCAAUGAUUCUUGUCAGCCAAGUGCCUUUGACUAGGACGUGGCAGUGGACAGACCCUGUAGUGCCAGACAUGUCUCAUCUUACCUGAUGUUUGUGUCACACACCUGUCUCUUGAAUACUUCCGUCCUCAGUUGGUCCCGAUGUUCCGUUGGCUCUAGACGGGUCGGCAGUUGAACAUGUGACUGGUGCCAGAAGUUUGGGCAACAAGACUGAUCCCAGAGUUUUGGCCGAACCUCUUGAUUCCCGAUUUGAGGUUCAACCUUCUUGCCACCAAGACUGUUGCCAUCAGGGUGGACGAAGAAUGUGGCCAACCCAGCUGCCAUCAGGGUGGACGAAGAAGAAGCCUGGCUACAUCCUGGUGGUUGGUGUGGCGACGUGCAAGGAGUCGAUGGUGUGGAUACUGCCGGCGUGUCAUGGAUGUCGAUGUUGUCCACAGGACUCGGGUGCCUUUGUAUGUGUGUAAGCGCGUGUGUGACAAGGUUGCUUGCCAAGCUGCUUCAAACACACUUUGUGAACUGACACCCUCCUGAUGUCACCGCUGACGCUGGCUGCCAAUGACACUUUGUGUCCUAAGUUAAAAUGUCAAAGGUUUCGUGUUACCGCUGGCACCUGUAUGUCAGUGACAAAGUGUCAUGUACAGACUGCACGCCAGCAGCCGCAGUUCAGUGUCAUAGCGUCACGUGACAGAACUAAGCCAGACAGUUACAUGGCAGUGACACUGUGUCCAGUAUGACAGUCGGGAGGUAGAAGUGAAUGACUCUAAGAUUCUGGUGUUCGUCGCUCAAAUUAGUGUUUGUGUCAUUAGCUUAGUGAAUGAAUGUCGUGACAUGCCGCUGCAUGCGGUGGUGGUGGUCACGAUGGUGAGUGUCGUGACAUGCUGGUGUCACAAGGUGAAUGUAGUGUCACACUGGUGAAUGUCGUGACAUCUUUUUGUCAGAAGGUAAAUGUCGUGUGACACUGGUGAGUGUCGUGACAUGCUGGUGUCACACAGGUGAGUGUCGUGACAUCCUGUUGUCACAAGGUAAGUGUCGUGACAUGCUGAUAGGGUUGUCGCCUAAAUGGAAGAGUAAAUAUUUUUUUCCCCACCGGACUAUUUCGGGGUGGGAGGACUGGUGGCUUGUAAGAUUACCUGAUACUUCACAGACGUUAGAUGCUGCAGCUGCCGAAGUUGAUUAUUAGUUGCUAGGACCAUGUGACCCAGCCAUUUAUAGGACACUUAGUUAAAGUCAUCCAUGUAGCCUGCUUUAACACGUGGACUGUCAACAAAGUGUGAAACUCUUUGUCCUCUGGUUGUGUGUGUGUCUGUGUGUGUAUGUGCAUCUGUACUCCCCCGAGGGGGGCAGGUUGUUUUGUCUGCUUGUUAUUGCAGUAGCCGUUAGACCAACUCGCUCAAAUCUCGUUUGUGUGUUUCCCCCUCAUCCUGUGUCAGUCGAUAUAAAUGCUACCUUGAAUAGACAAGAUGGCCAUAAUGAACUUGUAUUUUCUGUUUUUACUUAUUCGCACGAAGUUGGCAGACAACUCUUGACUCUCUACAAGGAGCUCUCUCUCUCUCUUUCACCUCCUUUCCCUCUUUUUCUCUUUAAAGAAGUUGCAGUCUGCAACAUCAGCUAUAAAUAAUCUCAUCUCAAAAAUGAGAUAAACCUAUUUCAUCUGAUCACCUUUUCAAAACCUUCCCGGCUUAGGUAAGAUAAAAGUCUACAUUUAUAGAACAUAGUCCUUAACUUAAAAGGCUGGAAUUAUAAGUAAAUUUGGUGAAAUUUUAAUUUUCGACUUGACUGAGGACGCAGCCAGUUCCACAGCUCAUUGUCGCUAUGCCAGGCUUCUUGGUAGCUUCCCGGAACUUGGGGUCUUGCAAGUCUACUUCCAGAACAUCCGUGACAAAUGCAGUGUUCAGAGGGUCGAAUCUUACGACCGUAGUAGCUUUUCGCUCACACUCUGGGAGUUGAAAUAUCUAAUAAACGAAUACAAAUAAUUUCGCUAUAAUUUUGCAAAAAUCUGUAACCGAUGAAACUCUUAUUUUUAGUUUCUUUUGUCUCCCGUCCUUAUUUUUUUUAGUUUAUUUUACGAUGGAAAGAUUUACCAAAUAAAACAGCAAUGCUCACUAAAAAUUCAUUUGACUAUUUAAUCUUUUAAAGAUUAUAACACUGAUGAAGGUCUUGGCACCAUAGGUCUGGCCGGUCACACACAGAGUCUAUGGUUUAGUGCGUUUGGCUGCAACGCACCACGUGAGUACAUGGGUCGACUUGUCUAGUGAACAUCUGUGUGUCGACUUGUCUAGUACACAUCUGUGUGUCGACUUGUCUAGUGCACGGUGACAAAGCUACUUCUGUGCUUCCGGUUGGGUGGAUUAAUUUAUUCCUUUUUACUCCUCGAGGAGCAUAGGGCCGCAAGGUUGGGUGGGAAGGGAAAGAAAAACAGGAUCCGUGAGCGAGAGGCGGCGGGUAUCAACUGCUGCGCCUACAGUGGACGUCGCCUUGAUUUAUAUUUCGAAACACAUCGGAAUCCAUCUUGCCUUCAGCACCCGCAUGCAACUGUAUCCACCUCAUUAUACAAGGAAUGCAGACAGAAGGCCGCUAAAACCAGGAGUGUGUGAGUGUGUGUGUGUGAAUUCUAGGCAAUGGACGACUGAAAGUUGUCGCCCCUGAUGCGGUGACGUGCACGGUGUUGUUGGUGGCGUUGCUGACGUUGUACACUGUACUAGCGCUAGUAAUACUUGAGUCUCAUUACGAGUGUUUACAAGUCUGUAGCAGCGGACACACUACAGUUGUAAUGGCGGUGUUACUCUCGCUACUACUGUGACACUUGUAUUCUGUUACACUUUCAGUUUCCCAAGCGACUGCUGCACUUAUUGUCCAAUCAUCUUGUUUGUGGUUGUAACACGUGCAUCUCUUGUUUAUCUGAAGGAUAAAAAAAUAACAAUUAAAACUCUCCCAGAUUUUCAUUGUUUCUCCUAA